AUGUCCGAAUCAAGUCCCUUGGCGGCUUACUUUGCCCACAUGAGAAACUCGGGUGGCAUCAUUGUCCAAGAACAACCAAAGCUCGACCUCGAUCUCUAUAUUCAGAAUUACACCGGGCGAACAAAAAUCGAUCGCCUCAUCCACAUCGGAAAGUCCUCCGUAUCACUUUGUGUCGACGCGCUCAAGAUUGCUAUCGCUGAGAUCAAGAAAGGCUCAGAUGUGGCCCUAUACAUCGACGCUUGGGGCUGCAUUCGCCUUGCCGCUCCUGACGAACCCGACGCCCAGAAAGAUCAAGCAUGGAUUGAUAGAGUCGAGCGCGAGAACAAGACGGAAGCUGCACGGCUCGAAACCCAGCUUAAGCAAUACAAACACAAUUUGAUCAAAGAGAGCAUUCGAAUGGGAAACGAAGACUUGGGUUUGCAUUUUGAAAAGACCGGAUAUUUAGAGGCAGCAGCCGAGGCGUACACCCGCAUGCGCCAGGACGUAACCACCACCAAACACAUUAUCGAUUGCGGCGUCCACCUCGUGAACGUCUACAUCGCUAGACGAGACUGGACCAUGGUUCUGAACAAUCUGGGUAAAAUCGUCGGUGUUCAGAGUGGUGAGGAGGAACGUUUAUAUCAGCCAUACACAAAGCUUGUCUCCGGUAUUGCGCUCCUUGGUCUCAAGCACUACAAGGAUGCAGCCAACAACUUUCUCCAAGUCGACUUCACCAUACCGCCUGCGCAAUACAACCACAUCGCUAGCCCAAACGACAUUGCCGUUUACGGAGGUCUCCUUGCCCUGGCGACUAUGGAUAGACAGGAACUUCAAAGUCGAGUCUUGGACAACCAGUCGUUCCGCUCGUUCCUAGAACACGAGUCGCACGUUCGCAAGGCCAUCAGUCUUUUUGUCAAUGGUAGAUACUCAAGCUGUCUUGCUAUUCUCGAGUCCAUUCGAAACGACUGUCUCCUAGACAUCUACCUACAGCGCCACGUUCUAUCUCUCUACUCACAGAUCCGACGAAAAUGCAUUGUCCAGUACUUCAUACCAUUCUCAUGUGUCACCCUUGAGAGCUUGAACCAAGCAUUUGCACAAGAUGGAGAGUCAGUUGAGAUGGAGCUCGUAUCUAUGAUCCGCGAAGGAAUACUCAAGGCCCGUCUAGAUAUCAAGGAACAGUUGCUCAUUGCAGACCAACCCAACCCGAGACUUGAGAUGCAGAAGCAGGCACUUGAGGUAGCUGCCAAGUACGAGGAGGAGGCCAAGGAGAGACUCCGUCGCAUCAGCCUCAUUGCCGCUGGUCUUGAGGCUGCAGGAAGGACAAAGGGACCCGGCCUUGGUGGUCGUGGAAUAGAUGAGCAGUGGUACGGUGAGGGUAGCGCACCGGGACAACCAGGCGCCGUCGAGGCCUAG